UCCUGGUCACUUAAGAUAAGGAAUUGUGGCUUCGGAGAAGCGCAGUCCCACCCUCUGUGGGGCCCUCUCCUCUGGCCACAUUGUCCUGUUCACAAAACUCCAGCAUUUUUACAGAGGCUGUUUUCCCCACCAAAGUUCUCUAAUGAAUAUUUGAUACUGACUAUAAUUUGUCAGACCAUCACAGCGAAGCGUGGCCGUCCCUCCCUCCUGCCACCACCGAGCAGGAAAUGCCGGGCACCGGGCACCUCGACAUGCCGGGACCCCCGACCCCCGCCACGCCGCCGGAGCCCACGGUCAACAUCCUCCAGAUGGAGGGUCCAACCACUGACCCCACCAGCCAGCCCUGGCCGGGACCCCCACCCCAGCCUGAGAUCCCAGCCCCCAGCUCGCGCCGGGAGACCUGGACCGGCAAGUACAAGUUCCUGCUGUCCUGCCUGGGCUACUGUGUGGGGCUGGGCAGCAUCUGGCGAUUUUCCUACCUGUGUUACCGCAACGGAGGAGGCGUCUUCCUCAUCCCCUACUUCAUCAUGUUGCUCGGCAUGGGGCUGCCCCUCUUCCUGAUGGAGCUGAGCCUGGGUCAGUACGGAGCCGCGGGGCCCAUCACUGUCUGGAAGUGCUGCCCGCUGCUGAAAGGCAUUGGCAUUGCCAUGCUGAUCGUGUCCUCCCUGGUGUCCUUCUACUACAACGUCAUCAUUGCCUGGGCUUUCUACUACCUGGGCUCCUCCUUCCAGAGCCCCCUGCCCUGGUCCUGCGAUGCCCCCAGGAACGUGUACCUCUGCCAGCGAGCGGGUGCUGGGGGUGAUGCACAGCUCCGGCCUCGGGGACCCCGGCGCCGUGCAGUGGCCCCUCGCCCUGUGCCUGCUAGCAGCCUGGAUCCUUGUCUUCUUCUGCACGCAGAAGGGCAUCCACAGUUCAGGCAAGAUGGUGUACUUCACGGCCACCUUUCCCUACCUGGUCAUCCUCACCCUCAUCAUCUGGGGGGCCACGCUGGACGGCUCCCUCGACGGCAUCCGCUUCUACCUCUCCUCGGACUGGAGCAGGCUGCAGAGUGCCCAGGUGUGGAGCGACGCGGCCUCACAAAUCUGCUAUUCCCUGGGCAUCGGGUUCGGCGGGCUGGUCUCCAUGGCCUCCUACAACGAGUUUCACAGCAACGUCAUCCGGUGAGCGGGGCCGGGGCGCGAGGGGCACGGGGGGUGCGGGCUGUCGGGGCAGCCCCGGGUUGCAGCUGGGGAGGAGCAGGGUGGUGGUGGGGAGGUCCGAGCCCCACGGCCCAUCGGGAUGCCCCCAUCUCCAUCCUCACCUCACGGGCGUGGGGCUGUGAUGCCCUUCCCGGCAGGAACACCUUGGUCCUUGCCAUUGGGACCUGCUGCACCAGCUGCUUUGCCGGCUUUGCCAUCUUCUCGGUGCUGGGGCACAUGGCCUGGAGGAAACAAGUCCCUGUGGGCAGUGUCACCGACUCAGGCCCCGGGCUGAUGUUCGUGGCAUACCCUGAAGCCCUCUCCCUGCUGCCCAUCUCCCCGCUCUGGUCCAUCCUCUUCUUCCUGACGCUUUUAACGCUGGGAGUGGAUACUUUGUUUGGGAACAUUCAGGCCAUCACCACAGCCAUCCUGGACGAGUUCCCGGCCCUGCACAGCCGGAGGAAGAAGGUGGCGUUGCUGGGUGCUCUCUGUACCUCCUUCUACCUGCUGGGGCUCCUGCUGGUCACCCAGGGAGGCAUCUUCUGGUUGACCCUCAUGGACAAGUACAGCACCGGCUUUGGGCUGAUCACCGUCUCCCUCUUCAUGUGCCUGGGCAUCGCCUUCUGCUACGGCGUGAACCAGUUCUGCCAGGACAUCAUGGACAUGAUCUGCCAGUGCCCACCCUGGUGCAGGCACAUGCUGGGCUACUUCAAGGCGUGCUGGACCUUCUUCACCCCCUGCCUGCUGCUGUCCGUGCUCAUCUGCACCUGCCUGCACAUGCACCGUGUGCCCCUGCACCAUGGCACCUACGAGUACCCCACCUGGGGCACGAGCCUCAGCAUCUGUAUGGGCGUCCUCACCUGCCUGCAGGUCCCGCUCUGGGCCGUUGUGGCCCUGUGCCGCGAGUCGGGGACGCUGAGCAACCGCUUCCAGAAAGCCAUCCAGCCCCUGCACUCCUGGAGGGCAGCCGCUGGCCGCAACAUCACUGGAGACGUCAUUGCAUGGCGUUCACCAUCACCCUGACCGGCGGCGACUUCACCGCGCUGCCCCACGGCAGCAGCGAAGACUGAUGCCGGCCCCGGGGCACCCCACGUCCUUGCAUGGAGCCCCCCGGGAAGAUGGGACCCACUGAUGAUGGACGGGGACACCCGCCAGGGGCCGGCUGCUGGUGCACGUGGCUCCCCUUGUGCCGUCACCAUCACCCAUCCCGGCGGAUGAUAAUCACUGAUCCCAGCACGUAAUGCUUUUUCCUGGAAAUGUUCUGCAUGCUCCAAAGGUGUUUCUGGGGGACUUUGUGACCAGGACCGGCUGCCUGGGCCGUGCUCCAGCCCUUCGCUUGCCUCUGGGCAGUUGCCACAUCUCGUUGGAGUGGUUUGGGGGCAGCUGCGUGCAUCCCUGGCCCCAACCCAGAGCUCUCCCAGCAGGGCAGGCUGCCGGCAGUGACCCUGGCAGCGGCAGCCGCCUUGGGCAGGGGCCAGGCUGGCCAAGCCCACCGUGGCAGUGGGAACGGCACGCUGACCCCCGGGCAGGGGGCUCUGGGCCCCCCCCAGCUGCCUCCCAGGCGGUGCUUGGGGCCAGCGGCUCUGGCACGGCUGUCACCGCUGCGCUGCCAGGCUGGACUGGCCCGGCAGCCAAUUCCAAGCCCCCGGCCCGGGGCAGGUCCCCACUCGCCCAUCCCGGGCCCAGGAGCAGCACGGCGCAGGCAAGAGGGGCAAGGGCCGCCCCGGGGUUGGGUUUGUAGCCUCAGGGCGGCUGCGAGCGCACGAUGCGUUUGCUGCUGCUGCGAUAAAGCUCCAUUUUCCAGAA